AGCCUUGUGAGGAAAGUCAAAUACUACACAAGACUCAACGACAUCUCUUCUGAACCUUGUCACUUCACCCAAUUGUUCUAUUCGAAGACGCGAUUAUCGCAAGGUUCUCGUCAGGAAAGCAGAAGGAUACUUAGUUACAUUUUUAUUCAGCGAGCAUUACACUGAAGCAAUCCCAUUUUCCAGUCAUCCAGAAGAGGCCAGAUCCUGAAAGCACCAACUCAUUCUCCUUUCUCAAAUUCGGCAUCAUCCUUUUACCUCACACAUAAUGGCACAGAAAGCGAAAAAGGACCGAGCCAAGGCCAAUAUCCAAGCCCUAAAUUACCUUCAUUAUGGGACAUUUCUCGUAAAUGCGCUAUUCUGCCUCUUCCAUUUUUUGAUACGAUCCCGCAAUAUGUGGGCAUACGUACUUCUCUCAAUUGCGCCGUGGAUCAUCGAAUGGUUCCUCGAACAAAAUAGUCGUCCCAAGUUCGAUCAAGCUGGCAAGAUGGUGUCUGCAGGUGAAGAUCUCGCCGCACCAGGAUUGACAGAAUAUAUGUUCGACAUUAUAUGGAUGCAUUGGUUAUCAUUGUUCGCCGUUAUUAUAUUCGGCAAUUGGGGAUGGCUCAUAUUCUCGGUUGUGCCAAUUUAUGGACUUUACAAGGUCUUUGGUCUAUGGUCUGGAGCAAAAGGCAUGAUGGGUAGUGGGCAGGGAGCACAAGCACCUGAAGAACAAAUGCCUGCUGCGGGUAAUAGAAGACAGAGAAGACAGUAAGGUCUGUAAAUUUGAUGGUUUGUGGCUCCAAUCAAGGGCACGCGAGAUAGGAAUUUUCCAUUCUGGGUGGUAUGAGUGUCGUACA